AUGCAGAUUUCCCGCUGUGGCAUUCAUGGAUUCCAUGAAGUUCUUGGAAUUGACACGGAUGAAAUUCGAUUGCAUUGGACAAUUGAGACCGAGGAUCAAGAUGCGACGCAACUUGCCUAUCGCGUCGUGGUGUCGACCGAUGUCGAGCUCGUGAAUGUGAUUUGGGACUCCGAGCGCGUGGACAGCAAUGCGCAACGAAACAUCCUUUGCAAGCCCGAAGAUGGCUUCCAGUCUAUCACUAGUCAUUAUUGGCGAGUUACAGUAUGGGACCAGAAUGACCAAACUCACCACAGCGCCGUGAACCAUUUCUUCACGGCCUACCCCCGGUCUCGCCUCCUGCCUCCAUACAGCAUGAACCAAACCUACAUGCCGCACACAAGUCUCAUUUUCAAAUCAUGGUUUGAAGAUGCUCCCAAUCGUUGGAAGGCAGUCUGGAUUGGCGAUGGAGGUGACAAGCCCAUCUACUUGCGAAAGUCCUUCCAGCUUGCCCGCAAGCCCGAGCGCGCAAUUCUUUUCGCCUCUGGACUUGGUCAUUUCAACAUGUCCGUGAAUGGCCAGCCUGCGUCAAACCAUCGCCUCGAUCCCGGCUGGACAAACUACCACCGUCGCGUUCAGUUCACCUCCUACGACGUCACGGAACAUUUAGGCGCGGGCGGCAACGCGCUGGGCGUCCAUCUAGGCAAUGGGUUCUAUGCGGGCGAUGAGGGUGGUGAUGGCCGCUUUUUCUGGCCCAUGUACGAAGACAAUACAUACGUUCGAUACGGAAAUGAGCUAUGCUUCUUCGGCGAGUUGCAUCUCUUUUACGGAGACGGGGAGAGCGAGGUUCUGAUCUCUGAUGCUUCGUGGAAGACCAAGAAGAGCGCUACCACCUUGGCGAACAUCUAUGCCUCAGAGGAUCAUGACAGGCGACUUUAUCCCGUUGGUUGGGACUGCGCUAGCUAUGAUGACUCUGACUGGGCGCCGAUUAAGCCUUUGACGGGCCCUAGAGGGCAUAUUUUCUACCAGAGCCAGCCCCCUGUGGUGUUGCACGAGACCUUUGAGCCGGUCAAGGUACACAGCCCCAAGAAAGGAUUCGUUUGUUAUGAUUUGGGACAAAACUCGUCCAUCUCGGUCGAGCUUGCGAUCGAGGGAUCGGCUGGCUCGGAGGUUCUUGUUCGAUACUCCGAGACCGUUAACGACGACGGCACGGUCUUGAUGCCGGACCCCUUGUUCAAGGAGUUUGAAACGGGUGUUUACUCUAAGAUCACCCUGGCUGGUACCGGCAAUGCAGAGAAGUGGGAGCCCGACUUCAGCUUCACAAGUGCACGAUACAUCCAGAUUGAAGGUGUCUCAUUGAACUCUGACGACGGAUUGCCUGUCAUUCACUCCGUUGUCGGUCGUCAUAUUUCCUCAGCGGCGAGAAAGCUCGGAACAAUGAUAACUGAUAAAGAAGACGUCAAUCAACUAUUGAAUGCACUAUAUUGGACCUUCAGCAGCAAUCUGUUCAGUUACCACACCGACUGCCCGCAAAUCGAGAAGUUCGGUUGGUUGGAGGUCACUCAUCUCCUCGCCCCUGCUACUCAAUACAUUCGCGACAUGGAAUCUUUAUAUACAAAGAUUCUAGAUGAUAUUCUCGAUAGCCAAGAGCCAAGUGGUCUUGUGCCAACAAUGGCACCUGAGAUCCGCUACAUGUGUGGUCCUCUGCACGAUACCAUCACUUGGGGCUGUGCCUUGUGUCUUCUCCCCGAUAUCUUGCGCCAGUACUAUGGAUCCACACACGUCAUACAGAAGGCUUACCCAGCCGCUGUGCGUUACAUGGAGUACAUGCAGACCAAAGAGCGAAAGGGCGGCCUCAUCGAGCACGGCCUUGGCGAUUGGGGCCGAGGUAUCGCCUUUGGCAACAACCAAGCGAACAUCGAAACAGCUAUUUACCACCGUUGCCUUCAAUGCGUGGAGAUGAUGGCGCGGGAACUCGGAAAGCUCGAAGAUGUCCAAAGGUUCAAGACAUGGUCUUCUCGUAUCUACAACGCCUACAACCACCACCUCUUGGUGACAGAUGACGCAUCCCGUCCUUACGCCUACUACACCUCCCUCGACAACUAUCCAGCCCGAGACCGCGACGCAAUUGCUCAAGCUAUGGCACUGCAAUUUGGCCUUGUACCUGAGAGUCACAAGAAGGACGUUAUGGCUGCGUUCCUGGACGAUGUCGCAGACGGGAAGAUCCGCGCUGGAGAAAUCGGUCUCCGCUUCCUGUUCAAUACCCUUGCUGAUGCGAAGCGUCCAGAUCUUGUCUUGAAGAUGGCAAGACAAGAGGAGCAUCCUUCUUACAUGCGAUUCUUGCGUCGUGGUGAGACAACACUUUUGGAGUUCUGGCAAGACGCUUGUCGAAGCAAAUGUCAUGACAUGCUGGGCACAAUCUACGAGUGGUUCUAUGCUGCUGUGCUUGGAUUGAAGCCUGUACAAGAGGCUUAUCGGACUUUCUCGAUUGAGCCCCCAUAUGCGUCUGAAUUUGACUUCGUCAAGGGCUCUGUGGACUGUCCGUAUGGUCUGAUUGAGGUUGAAUUCAAGCGUGAGGGUGGCUCCGUCAGCUUGAAGCUCAAGGUUCCUUUUGGUACAGAGGCGACUGUCAGUCUUCCUAGCGAUAUGAAGGGCGCGACCUGCAGUGGCAAAGUAGAGAUACCAGUGACCGGGACCGAGUUAGUGCUUGGGCAUGGAUUGUAUACUGUAUCUAUUCAACUAUAG